AUGCUCGCCUCUACUCUGCCCUCAUGCUCGCCUCUACUCUGCCCUCAUGCUCGCCUCUACUCUGCCCUCAUGCUCGCCUCUACUCUGCCCUCAUGCUCGCCUGUACUCUGCCCUCAUGCUCGCCUCUACUCUGCCCUCAUGCUCGCCUGUACUCUGCCCUCAUGCUCGCCUCUACUCUGCCCUCAUGCUCACCUCUACUCUACCCUCAUGCUCGCCUGUACUCUGCCCUCAUGCUCGCCUCUACUCUGCCCUCAUGCUCGCCUGUACUCUGCCCUCAUGCUCGCCUCUACUCUGCCCUCAUGCUCGCCUCUACUCUGCCCUCAUGCUUGCCUGUACUCUGCCCUCAUGCUCGCCUCUACUCUGCCCUCAUGCUCGCCUCUACUCUACCCUCAUGCUCGCCUGUACUCUGCCCUCAUGCUCGCCUCUACUCUGCCCUCAUGCUCGCCUGUACUCUGCCCUCAUGCUCGCCUCUACUCUGCCCUCAUGCUCGCCUCUACUCUGCCCUCAUGCUCGCCUGUACUCUGCCCUCAUGCUCGCCUCUACUCUGCCCUCAUGCUCGCCUCUACUCUGCCCUCAUGCUCGCUUGUAUUAUUUUCUCAUGCUCGCCUCUACUCUGCCCUCAUGCUCGCCUCUACUCUGCCCUCAUGCUCGCCUCUACUCUGCCCUCAUGCUUGCCUGUACUCUGCCCUCAUGCUCGCCUCUACUCUGCCCUCAUGCUCGCCUCUACUCUGCCCUUAUGCUCGACUGUACUCUGCCCUCAUGCUCGCCUCUACUCUGCCCUCAUGUUCGCCUCUACUCUGCCCUCAUGCUCGCCUCUACUCUGCCCUCAUGCUCGCCUCUACUCUGCCCUCAUGCUCGCCUGUAUUAUUUUCUCAUGCUCGCCUCUACUCUGCCCUCAUGCUCGCCUCUACUCUGCCCUCAUGCUCGCCUCUACUCUGCCCUCAUGCUCGCCUCUACUCUGCCCUCAUGCUCGCCUGUAUUAUUUUCUCAUGCUCGCCUCUACUCUGCCCUCAUGCUCGCCUCUACUCUGCCCUCAUGUUCGUCUCUACUCUGCCCUCAUGCUCGCCUCUACUCUGCCCUCAUGCUCGCCUCUACUCUGCCCUCAUGCUCGCCUCUACUCUGCCCCCAUGCUCGCCUCUACUCUGCCCUCAUGCUCGCCUCUACUCUGCCCUCAUGCUCGCCUCUACUCUGCCCUUAUGCUCGCCUCUACUCUGCCCUCAUGCUCGCCUCUACUCUGCCCUCAUGCUCGCCUCUACUCUGCCCUCAUGCUCGCCUCUACUCUGCCCUCAUGCUCGCCUCUACUCUGCCCUCAUGCUCGCCUCUACUCUGCCCUCAUGCUUGCUUCUACUCUGCCCUCAUGCUCGCCUCUACUCUGCCCUCAUGCUCGCCUCUACUCUGCCCUCGUUCUUGCCUGUACUCUUUUCUCAUGCUCGCCUCUACUCUGCCCCCAUGCUCGCCUCUACUCUGCCCUCAUGCUCGCUUCUACUCUGCCCUCAUGCUCGCCUCUACUCUGCCCUCAUGCUCGCCUGUACUCUGCCCUCAUGCUCGCCUGUACUCUGCCCUCAUGCUCGCCUCUACUCUGCCCUCAUGCUCGCCUCUACUCUGCCCUCAUGCUCGCCUCUACUCUGCCCUCAUGCUCGCCUCUACUCUGCCGUCAUGCUCGCCUCUACUCUGCCCUCAUGCUCGCCUCUACUCUUCCCUCAUGCUCGUCUCUACUCUGCCCUCAUGCUCGCCUCUACUCUGCCCUCAUGCUCGCCUCUACUCUGCCCUCAUGCUCGCCUCUACUCUGCCCUCAUGCUCGCCUCUACUCUGCCCUCAUGCUCGCCUCUACUCUGCCCUCAUGCUCGCCUCUACUCUGCCCUCAUGCUCUCUGGAAUUUUUCUGUGUGCAGAGAAGUGGGAGGGGCUGGAUGUGUGCGAGCAAUUCUCGCUGCAGCAGAUGCUAAGGGCCACCAACAACUGGUCGGAGGACAAUGUGCUGGGCAAGGGUGGCUUUGGCAUUGUAUACAAAGGCCGCUCUCCACAGGGCCAGCUGUGGGCCAUCAAGCGAUCCACCAUCAUGACCAACGACUUCGAAACGGAGGUGCGAGCCAUGGCCUCUCUCCACCACACACACCUUGUGCGCCUGCUGGGCUUUUGCCUGGACCAGAACGUGGAGACAGGCAAGCAGGAGCAGAUCCUCGUGUACGAUUUCAUAGGCAACAGGGACAUGGAGUACCAUAUCCACAGGACCAAGCGUCCGCUCUCUCUAUGCCAGAGGCUGCGCCUGGCACUGGGAGCAGCAGAGGGCUUGGCGUACCUGCAAGGGUUUGACGCGCCCAUCGUUCACUGUGACAUCAAGCCCGCCAACAUUCUUGUGACUGAAGACAUGCAAGCCAAGGUGGCUGACUUUGGGCUGCUCAAGCGCCUCACUCACGGCGAUGCUGAUGCCACGCGAGUUGCUGGCACUCCGGGCUAUGUGGAUCCGGAUUACAACCGCACCAAUGUCAUCACAGCCAAGAGUGACGUGUUCAGACAUGAGCUAGAAGAGCUGAGGGACAGCAAGAUGCCGGCGGCAAGUGAAGAGGCUAUAGUGGAACUUGCAGACCUGGCUCUGGACUGCAUCAAGUCUCCCGGCACACGGCGACCCACUAUGAAGGAUGUGGCAUACCGCCUCAGUGCCCUCAUUGCCAAGCACUGCCCCGACAAGGAGGAUGAGUGGGAGAGUGCCACAGAAGAAGAGAGUGAAAGCAACAAGGGUAGUUAA